UGUUGUGCCACGUCCAUUCCCUUUUCAGCGACCAGCCAUUUUUGUGCUUUUGGGGGCCUCCACCAAAAACUCGCUGGCCUGGCUCUCCCCUCCUCCUUCCCUCGCCGCCAUCGUCCUCGCAAGAUUUCGGUCCCGCACAAACCCGAUCGCCCCUCGAUCUGCCCCUCUGUCCCCGCCCUUCGUACUCCCACCCAUCAUCCCAUCCGUCGCCAUGUCGUCCCUGGCCUCCGGCUUUUCCUCCAUCGCCAACCUCAAGUCCUUCACCAUCGCCUCGGCCAUCUUUGGUCUGUCGCUCUCGGCGGUCGUGCGGAUCUCCAAGCUGAUUGUGUCGGAGCAGCACCCCGAGCCCUACGCCAUUCCCGUCUCGUUCCAGCAGUACUUUGCUUCCUACACCGUUGCCGAUCUCAAGGCCGCCCUUGGCUCGUACUCCCAGAACGAUGUCACUCUCUACAAGGUCCUCCUGGGAAUCAACCUCGUCUAUGCCCUCUCCCUGGCUGUUGCCUCGUCGGUCAUCAUCGCAAAGUUCUGCAAGUACGCCAAGCUCCCCGGCGUCGCUCAGACCCUGAACUUGAUUCCCUUUGGCUCGGCCUUCUUUGGCAUCAGCGAGACCGCCAACAUCCUACUGUACCUGGCUCAGGAGGAUAGCGGCAAGGACAGCUUCCUGGCCAGUGCCGCCUUUGCCUCCGUCAAGCGCUCCUAUGCCGCCGUUGUGUCGUCCGUCGUCGUCGGCUUGGCUGCGACUCUGUUCGUUGUCUUCUGGUCGGGCUCCAUCGGCCGCGACUCGCGACAAAAGAUCCCCAAGGCCAACGCCAAGGCCAAGAAGACCAAGUAAAAAACAAUAAUCGGGCCAAGGAUAUGAAUAUUGGGGGUGAAGUGUGUUUGGCUCUGUCACUGAGAUUGCCUUACAGAUGGGUGUCGAUCUGAGCCCACAAACAGACAAAGCUCGUCGGAAAUGCAUGCACCGCUGGCUUUCGAGGCUCUGCCACCAGCCUGGCCUGCCCAUAUAGAUCGUUCUGUAUCAUUUAAACCAAUACAAUGCGGUCCAUUACAGGCGAUCCUUUAAAAACGGGACCUUGA